GGGACCGGUCAGUUGGUGUCCAGCGGUGUCCGGGGGCAGAGCCGACCGCUCCGGAGCUGGGGCGGCGCUUGGAUUGGCCUCAGAGGCUAUCAGCGCGGUGUCCUGCGAACUGCGGCGGCACCUCCAACGACCGCCGAGGAGCCCGGCUGGACCGGCGAGGUACUCCCAUCUUCCUCCGGAAGUAGACGACCCGACCUACCAGUGCUGAUAUAACGGCGAGAGAGACAGCCAUGGAGCUGACCGCUGCGGCAGCCCUGCUCACUGUGCUGGCGGUCUUCCGCACCCCGGCCGUGCUGGGUCUCAGAGACCAGUUCCAGUUCCAGCUGCGAGGUAACUUCGUGGUCGACACCGACUUCUUCGUCAGGGGUCAGCUGGAGCCGGGAGAGACGCUGGAGCAGUUCAUCAAGCGUUACAGAAAGGAGCAGGGACUGCAGGGCGCCUGGAUCCGCCUGGACGGGUCGGCAAUCGAGAGUCCCACCCUGGUGACCUCCAGCGAGCCGCUGGGACUGGCGGCUGGAGCCCGAGAGGUCCUCCAACAGGUGGAGGAGACGUUCAGCUGCGAGGGCCUACCGUACGGCUACUACACGGAUAUCAGUAACGACUGCCGCGUGUAUCACGUGUGUCAGCCCGUGGCCGUGCCCUCCGCCGUACGACGCGCCUCCGUCAUCAGGGUAACUCUGGCGGCCAGCUUCUUCUGCAACGUGGGUCAGGUGUUUGACCAGCGCCUGCUGACCUGCGUGACCCGUACCCCCGAGUUCGACUGCGCCACCCAGGGCUACCUCUACGCCGCCAGCAACUCGCAGUUCUUCCGCGACGUCAACUUCAACAUGGCACCCGCCGCUGCCGACGACAACGAACGGAGAGAUGGCGAAGCUGAAGAUGCUGCCAGAGAACGUGAUGAUAAGAACACGGCUAUCCUGGCCGAGCAGCUGUUCAGCGUUCAUAACGGCCAGCUGGAGACGUUUGGUCAGAGUUUCGACAGGCCCGGGACGGGGAAGGGGGAGGAGGAGGAGGAGGUGCAGUACGUGGAUCUGAUCAGACGAUCGAUGGGUGAACAUGCUACUCAGGUCACAGCGGUGAAGGUUGUGGUGGGUGCGGGCGAUGGGGAUGGGGGACAGAUUCGGGCGUGACCAUGACCUGACUGUGUGUAUUGACCAUCGUUAAUGCGUGUAAAAUGGAAGCUAUCUGAACUUGUUUGUGAAAUCGUGGCUACUAUUUUAUUUGUCUGCUCACAAAAUGAAACGGCAUUAGACAAAAUCUGGUAGACCAUCAUGCAGCCAACGCUUAACGAUGCCGUCUCUCAGUGACUGAUGUCCAUUGUCCAUGUAUCACCACCCAUUUUCACUGCCACCAACCGCCAUCGACAUUAUGAUGAUGAUGAUGAUGAUGAUGAUGAUGAUGAUGAUGAUGAUGAUGAUGAUGAUGAUGAUGAUGAUGAUGAUGAUGAUGACGACGAUGACGAAAAGGAAAUGCAUAAAUAAAAGAAAAAAACAGAAACAAA